GUGGUCUGGUCGGGCAAGGCAGGACGCCGGGGAUUGCUUUUCUCCUUUCUGUGGGAUUCGGCUGACUUGCUCUCUGUGACGGACAGGACGCGACACUAUGGGCUCACAUCUUCAUCCAGAUGCUGGCGUUUGGCCUGCUCUUCCCGCUGGGCAUGGUCCUCGGGAUCAUCAAAAGCCGGUGGCAUGUUCCGGUCCAGGUUCUAAGCACGCUCAUCGCGCUGCUGGGCUACGCUCUCGGCCAUAUGCACGGCGGCCGCAAGUUCGUCUCGUCCAACGUGCACGCCAAGUUCGCCAACACUGUCUACUUUUUUCUCGUCGCCCAGAUCGUCCUGGGCGUCUACCUCAAGCUGCAUCUCGAAAAGGGCAUUCACCGCCGUAUCCGCCCUGUCGUCCGCAUCCUGCACAGCGUCAACGGCAAGGCGUUACCCGUCGUUUCGUGGACCCAGAUGAUCUUUGGCGGCAUCACGGCCCUGGGCUUCUGCCAGGACGACCAUCUCGGCCAGUGUCUGGCCCACUUCAUCAUGGGCAGCGCCUUUAUUGCGUAUGGCAUCCUGUUGACCAUUCUGCUGCUCGUCGGCCAGCUAUGGCUGCGCCGCACUGGGCGCAGCCAGGAGUUCUUUGACAGCGUUGUCAUCUCCGCCUGGGGCUGCGUGAACACGUUUACCGAGCACCGGUGGGGGACGGCGUGGGUGCGGAACGACUGGCAGCACACGACCAUGGGCAUCGUCUGGUGGUGCGCGGGCUUGGCCGGUGUCUGGCUGAGUAAGGGCAGAGACGGGGCCCCCAAACGCAACUUUAUUCCUGGAUUCGUUAUCCUCGUGACCGGCUGGGCCAUGUCUGCUCACCCGCAGACUAUGCCCAUUAGUGCCAUGACGCACAAGAUCUUUGGAUACACGCUCAUGAGCAUGGGCUUCACCCGCAUCAUCGAGAUCUCGUUUGUCCUGAAGGACAAGACCGGCGUCUCGGAGGACGGCACCGAGUUGAACAGCUUCCAAUACGUUCCCGUUUUUCUGCUCUACGCCUCAGGCUUUCUGUUCAUGGGAGCGACAGAGGAGCAGAUGGCUCUCGUGGCCGAGAUUGGCAUCGACCACGUCGCGUACAUUCUCAUCUUGUAUAGCUUGGCCUUUGUGCUCUUCCUAUUUGUCAACAUCCUGAUCUAUGUGUACGACCGCUCGGCAAACGCGGCCACAUUCGCCAAACCAACCGCGAAUGGCCGGGCGCGCGCCAACGAGCGCGUGGAGGAGGAGGGCCGCCUGCGCGACGCCGGCGAGUUCGAGCUCGAGGGCCUGAUGAGCGACGACGAGGACGAGGAGCACGCCACGCGCAGGAAGCUCCUGAGAAACGACGUGGCGGAAGACGAUGCGGUGUUGGGCAGCCCCAGCACCCUGGGGCGGAACAGCGACCGCGUGGCGUGAGCUCUAAGGGAAGAGGUUUAAAAGAAAAUUUGGCCGUGAUCUCAAGGGAGGGACGAUAGAGAAAGCUUGGCACAUUUGGGCGGGUAUAUAGCAUUGGCAUGGCCGGUGUCGCUGCUUAAUAUAUGUGGUGAUUACGGAGUUUCCGAGGCGGCUCGGUUUGGAUGGGCGUUUUGCUUUUUUCUCCUUUUUUUCACGUGCAUUCAUGUGUAUUUUUACAUAUCUAUAAUAACCCUAUUACCGAUAUCACUAGUAGAUAUAUCCGUAUUCUUUGCUUACCUGUGUUUAUUUUAGUGUGUCCGUGGUAAUAUAGAUAUGCACCCUAAGCCC